CUAUACAUACUUUAUUGUAUUUUCCCUUUGUAUUGCUCCGUUGUAAUUAUAUGCUCGUGUACUUGUGUUUCGUAUUUUCGUUUGGACAUUGUAGGGCUCCAAGAAUAUGCAUUUCUGUCCUCAAAUGCUUAGGGCAUCUCCAGCCGUUCGGCCCCCCAAGGCGCCUAAAUAGAGCGGCCUGCGGGCGUGCCGGCGCUAGUUCGGCCCCCGGGGGCGACCUAGCUCCCAGUCAUGCCCCCAAGCGCCGGCCCCAGGAUGCAGGAAAUUUAAACUUGGUCGUUCCCGCUCUCAAAAGACGCCACAAAUCCGGCGAUCGGACGUAGUCUGGCGUUACAAAAAACAGAGCGCCGCACGCCGCAAGUUCGCGUGCGCAAUGAUUCACUCGGUGGGGUCGGCUUCAGGCGUUGGCGGAGUCGGCGUGCGCGGGCUCGGCGGUGUCGGAGCUGCUUCGGUGCUGGGCUGUGUCGGCGCGGCUUCGGCACUGCUGGGCGGCGACGUAGAGGCGUCGUUCGGGCUUGGCGUCCGUGUGGUCGUGGGCGUGGGAGCUUGGGUCGUCGGCGUUGCCGUCUGCAUCUGGUUCAGGAUGAGGCCGCGCUCCGCCAUGUACUACGCCCUGAGCUGCUCGUUGUUGCUUUGGAGCAUGUCCGCCCCGCCCAUCAGAAAAGCCAUGUCGGUGUUCCUCUUCUUCGCGGCGACGUUCGUCCGGAGCAGGUCGAGCUUGAUGGCGCUGUUCUUCAUCAGCGACGACCACCGCGCCUUGGUCUUCUCUUCACGUAGGACGGCCCGGGCCUGGGCGUCGGCGAGGCAAUGCUCGAUGGACUCCUGCACUCGCGCGGUUGCCGCGUCGGCGUUUUUCCCCUUCUUUGCCAAUUUGUGGCCGUCCGGCCGCCCCUCUGACGCGCCCGGAGUCGUCGCGUCCGGCUUGUAUAUCUCCUUGGCCUUGUCGAGGGUACGUCGGACUUCCGCCCACUUCUCGCACUUGUCAAUGCGCUUGUAGACGUGGAGGUGCUUGAAGUCGGCGUCUUGGUUGUCGCGCCGAUACAUGGUGAACAUACGCAGCAACUACGCGGAGGAACAAACAGUUGGCGGACGGCGGGUGUUGACGACGAAGAGAUGCGGGCGAACGGCGUGCGUACCUGAUCCUCAACGCUGGCGCCGCUCUCCGGGCGAGCCGCGACCUCCUCGACGAUUCCAUGCCAUUUGUUGCACGCCAAUUGGAUACGCCCCCAAUGGUUCGCCAUCGCCUUAGA